UAUUAGGUAUAUCCAUGUGUCACUAUAAUGUUGGCUCCAUGGAAAAUUUCACAAAAAUUUCAAUAUCACAAUUCGAAUGGAUAAGCUUUUGAUUUUGUUUUUCUCAAUAAUUCACAGAAGCCUCACUUUCCUGAUGACAACAACACACUCAACAAUGCAAAUGCAAUUCUCCCUCUGAAAAACUCUUUAUAUGCCGGAAAAUUUCUGACUCCGGCCACCACCCUCACUAUUCCUAUGGCCGCCGUAACUUCUUCUUUCUCUCUCUCAACACUCACUCAGUCUUCUCAAAGGAAGCUUACUCUUUCUUCAUCCCCUCGCUUCGUGAAUUCCGAUUCAGAUUCAUUUCGAUUCCGUUUGAGCUUCUCGUCUCACUGUGUUGGACUACGAGCUUCGAAUUCCGUUUCCAAAAUGGUCGUUCGGUGCUCCUCUUCUGUGUCAGACCCUCCAACUGUUUCUGAGACAAAGUUAAAUUUUCUCGAGGCAUAUAAGCGACCAAUACCGAGUAUCUACAACUCCGUGCUUCAAGAGCUUAUAGUCCAGCAACAUCUGAUGAGAUACAAGAGAUCAUACACCUAUGAUCCUGUAUUUGCUCUUGGCUUUGUCACUGUAUAUGACCAACUCAUGGAAGGGUAUCCUAGUGAUGAGGAUAGAGAUGCUAUCUUCAAAGCAUACAUUAAGGCGUUGAACGAAGAUCCAGACCAAUACAGAGUAGAUGCUCAGAAGUUGGAAGAGUGGGCUCGUGGUCAAAAUUCGACUUCCUUGAUUGAGUUUUCAUCCAGAGAAGGAGAAGUUGAGGGGGUUUUAAAGGAUAUUGCUGAAAGAGCAGGCGGAAAGGGGGAUUUCAGUUAUAGUCGUUUCUUUGCAGUAGGCCUUUUUCGCCUUCUGGAGUUGGCAAAUGCAAUGGAACCAACAAUUUUGGAAAAGCUUUGUGGAGCUUUGAAUAUCAACAAAAGAAGUGUGGAUCGGGACUUGGACGUGUAUCGCAAUCUACUUUCUAAGUUGGUUCAAGCUAAAGAGCUGCUGAAGGAAUAUAUUGACAGGGAGAAGAAGAAAAGAGAAGAAAGGGCUGAACCACAACAGGCUAAUGAGGCCAUUACAAAAUGUGUGGGACAAGAGCAAUUUUCUGACAUGAUCACCCGGUAAAAAUACGAUUUCCUUGACUUUCCUUUAGUUUAUUCCGAGCAUUGGUUUCAGAAUGGGGCACUUUUAUCAUCUUGAUUUUGCAUACUGUAUUUAUUGUAUCUUUUGUGAUGAGGACUCAGGUAAAUUGUUUCAAUCGUCUAUGUAAUAUUUUCUUACAUGUAUUUUUUCCUGUUCAUUCGCUUAUUAUGUAUUUUGUAGUUCUCAAAUACAUACCUGAAGGCAUAUAUAUUCUGAUAGCUGAAAUUAUUCACAUGUAUCUAAUAAAUUUACCUAUUGAGGAAAGUUGUGAAA